GGACGUGUUCUCUACAUCGUCACCUGCUCUUCUGAAGCCUGCACAGGAGUUCUCUAGAGCAUCUUACUUGAGUCGCCAUCAUGAAGUUCUUGGUAGCUAUCUGCGCCCUGGCCGUAAGUGCCUCCGCUCAGGUUGGACCAUCCGGCAUUGUCGAUCCUUCUGGCAACAACAUCCAGUUUACCCACGACUUCGCUAACAACAUCGCCGUCGUCGGACCAUCAGGCAUCGUGACCAAAAACGGACAGAACCUGCAACUCACCGCCGGUCAGGCCGCUCUGUCCCUCCCUGCCGGUUGGGAAGCUUUCCGUUCCGCCCUUGCCCCUGCACCCGUAGCCCCCGCCCCUCUCCCAGCCGGAGUUUACUCCGUUAAGGAUGUCGUCGGUCCUUCAGGAGUUGUCCGUGCUGACGGAAACAACGUUCAGUUCUCCCAGGCCACGGCUGAUAACAUUGCCCUCGUAGGACCCUCAGGAAUCGUCACCAAGGACGGCAGGAACAUCCAGUUCGUGUCCAGGAAGAGGCGUUCCGUCCGUGACGCCAUCGUCGGUUCCUCCGGGAUCAUCGCUCCCGAUGGUCAGCUCCUUCAGCUCGAGCCCGGCGUGACUGUGGUUGCUGCUGGUCCCUCAGCCAUCCUCCUGUCCAACGGAAAGGCUCUUCAGUAUAACUUCAACUAAAUCUUUAACUGAACUCACUCAACGGAUUCUCUAACGACGAUCUCCCUUGCCUUCACAUCGAUUUCGAUUUUAAUCGUACGUUCGAUUGAAAGAAGUAACUCUGAACGAUUCGAAGGUGUGCAAUUAUGAAAAAUUCUCACCUUCAAAUUGUUAUUUUUACUUCACGCAAAAUGUUUCGUAUUGAUUUUAAUGAGAUUAAUUUUGAGGGUAUGGCUUGGCACUAGCUCACUUCUUUCGCCCUGGAAGAUUUACGAUUAUUAAUCAGCUAAAUAUUGUACAUCUCCGUUAGGGUGUUGAAUGGUAGGCAUCCAUUUUACAAUUAUGAUCAAAGUCAAAAAUGAACUAUAUUUUAUUUAAGUAAUUUCAGUUCAUUUUGCAUACGCAAGAGGAACUGCAUUAACAGAAGGAAAACUUUAUGAGUUAAAAGGCGAAACGAUGCUCAAAAUAUAUUGUGAAAUAUA